AUGAUCGCUACGAUCACGACGCCGAUUGCCAGCUCUCUAUCGGCUACAUCGAGCUUUUCAUGGAUCACCACGACCUAUGUCAUCGGCAGCACCGUAUCACAGGCUAUUGGCGGGCACCUGGCGAACGUCUUCGGGCGCCGCAAGGCUCUCGCCGGUAACUAUUCUCUCUUUGCUCUGGGUGUUGGCGGCGGCGCCAUCGCCUCGAUUACAUCAGUAGUUGAGACGGAUCUCAUCCCCAUCCACCACCGCGCCCUCAUUGAGGGUUUUGCCAAUGUGCUCUACGGCAUUGUGAUGGCUCUCGGGGGGUUAUAUGGCGCUGCCAUUCAUGCCGCUAUUGGAUGGCGGUGGGCCUUCUUGAUCCAGGUGCCUAUUAUCGUUCUCGAUGGCGCCGUCGUCUUUCGGUACGUCAAGAUUUCAGACCAACGCGCCAACACGACGGCUCACCGGCGCCUCGACGUCGUUGGCAUGGCCACCCUGGUUGCCACAAUUGUGCUGUUGCAGUUCGGACUCAACCGCGGAAGCACCACCCUCAUAUGGACCGACGCCGCCGCCAUCGCCCCCUUGUGCUUGGUCGUGCCCUGCCUCUCCGUGUUUCUCUAUAGCACAUACCAUACCGAGAGUCCCGUGGUGCCGCUAAAGGCUUUGAUGCAACGCAGUGUCGGCGUCAUCCAGAUCACUGCCUUUUUUUUUAGCACAGGCUGUUUCGUUAGUUCCAUGUUCUGUGUGCCUCUCUACCUUGAGGUCCUGGGCCUCUCCGUUUUUGACGCUGCGUUGCGACUUAUCCCCUUAGCCGCUGCCUUCGGUGCCUGUACUGACGCUGUUGGCUAUCUUGUUCUUCGUAUACGACGAUACUAUCACCUGAACGUUCUUCUGUUAUCCACUGUUGCCAUCGCCUACGGUCUCCUUUUGCGCCAAGCCCUGGAAGCAGUUGGCCAACUAGACAACAUGACUGGCUUCGAUGUUGCGGCAGUUCAGCACCUCUCGGGAGAAGCGAGAGCUGUUUCCGUUCAAGCGUAG